CCGAGAGGUCCACUCUUCUCAGUGCCCAACUCGAUUCUGCAGUUAAGAGUUGAUGGUUCUUUGCUCGUCCGUUUCUACGUUAAUAGAGUUUUUCCUCAUCGUUUACGCGCGAGAUGUUAUUAUUUAAAACUUGAGGUGACGAAGAUAUCCUUCCGCGAUAUCUUCAUGGAAGAAACUAUGUGGCUCUUUCCCUUAUGUGUCUUUAUUUUGGUGAAAUUUGGAACCGUCAAUGGCCAUCAGAAUGGUACGGUAUGUGCCCAAAGACUAUGCAAAGAAACAGAAGACAGCAAACCGGUAUGCGGAUCGGACAAACUCACGUACCCCACGCAGUGCCAUCUCGAAAAAUUACAGUGUCACAAUAAAAACCUAUCCCUAGCCCAUACGGGUUCGUGUAGAGAACAUACGUCUUGUAUACAAGCCGCGGCCAAUCACAACUCAUUACAUCCCCAGUGUCGUCCCGACGGCAGCUACGCGUCUUCCCAGUGUUACCCUUCGAUCGGCUAUUGCUGGUGCGUAACGGCACAGGGCAUACCGAUUCCCCAAUCGUCAGUGAAAUGGGCACCGAACGUGAAACCGCGCUGCAGACGUAAGAAGAAGACCACGAAACGAAGAUCGUCGAUGCGAUCGAAGAAACCAAAACGUGGAUGCAAAAGGGCGGACCGCGCGCUAUUCAAUAACAACCUCAUCAAAGUAUUCCACACCGAGUAUUUGCACGAAAACGGCGCUUCCGUUCCAAACAUUCAGGACGUCGACAAAGUCGUCGUGGAAUGGGAAUUCAAACGGCUGGACAUCAAUCGCAACGGGCAGCUUGACCAAAGCGAAUAUCGCGAUUUACGCAAGAUAGUGAAGAUGGCUGUGAAACCGAAACGGUGCUCGAAGAAUUUUGGCAAAAAUUGCGACGUGAACCAAGAUCAACUCAUCAGUUUGUCGGAGUGGUCCGAUUGCCUCUCGAAAGACGGCAUGGAUGUUUCUUUGCGUGUGUUCUUGUCGUUGAACGCAGACGUGCGAGGAGAGGAAGGCGCGAAUCCUGACGAGGAGGACGAGGACGAAGAUGAUGGUGUUAAUAUUUUCCACUCGCCGAGGUCUCCUCCUCAUGGAGUCCUUUACGGAGACGGUCACCCAACCGGUAGCGGCCAAAAUUACGACGACGAGUCCGCGGAACGCAAGGACGAAGACGCCACCGACUGCACCUCCGAUCGCCAAACGGCCCUCAACGAACAGCACUCCGCCAAACUGUACCAGCUCUACGUUCCCGAAUGCACACCAGAUGGUCGAUACCAAAAGAUUCAAUGUUAUAAAUCGGCCGGCUACUGUUGGUGUGUCAAUGAAGACACAGGGAAAAAUAUACCUGGUACAUCAGUGAAGAAUCAGACGCCGAAAUGCGACCAAAUACCUGUCCCAACUCGUCCGAUGAAGGGCUGUCCCGACGACAAGAAGAAAUCGUUCCUAAAAGACCUUAUGGAAUACCUCCAUCAAAGGAUGCAGAAGGAAACGAACGGAACUAAUAUCGCCGGAAACAGCCCAACAUGGAAGGCGUCUCGCGAGGAGCAAAUCGCAACGUGGAGUUUUGUCGUGUUCGACAAGAACAAGAACAAAGUCUUGGACAGGAACGAGUGGAAGACCUUCAAGGACGUCAUGGCGGGAAUAAAGACGUUAAAACGGUGCGGUAAAAAAUUGCCGCGUUACUGUGAUAUCAAUAAGGAUCGACUGAUCAGCAUGACCGAAUGGUUAGAUUGCCUGAAUACGCAAAGACACGUUUCCAAUAACGUUGCAACAACAGUUUCGCCUGGACUAACACGGACAGGUAAAAAUCCAUUAACGAUGUUAAUGGACGAUUAGUGCAAUGUGAGAAGUUGACUGAAUACGCUUUAGUGCUGUGAACUAAAAAUGUGAAAGACAAAUGUGAAAUGACCUCAAAAUGUGAUCUAAAGUAGCUCUUUACUUUAAUUUUAUACAAGCGCUUUAAGUUUGUACUAAUUUAUUAUACAAACGCUGAACGUUACGUAAUGAUUAUUACAUUUAUUAUAAUUGUUUUCUGUGCUGGUUUGCCCGGUUUGCAUGUGAACACUUCUCUUCAAUACUUAUGUAAUUAUUUAUUUAAUUAGUUUAGAUAGUAUCGCAAAAAUAAAAAAGACCUAGACUUA